AUGGUAACUUUCCAAGACGGCAACAUCUGCGGGCACCCGUCGCGACCUCUGCGGGGGAUGGGCACGACCUACGCCGCCGAGAGCGCGCGGUUCGGCCGCUACUCGGUUCCAGGCAAUUCGGGCGGCGGGGCCACGGCGAGCACGGUUCGCUGUUCCGCGGAUAGGGAUAUCAAAUGUAAAAAUGUCUGGGUCUGGAAGAAUUGGAACUUGUCAUGCGAUUUCUGGAACAGGCAAAAAUUUGUGUUGCAUAAGCACCAAAAGCUUCCCACUCCUUGCUACGCAAAUAGGGAAUUUCUCAUGCGGGAUAGACAUCAGGAGGCUUGCUCAAAACCUGUAGUGCUUUUGCGUGCAUUAGAGACCAGUUGCGUGAUCCAGAAGAUGCACGACAAACUCCUGCAAUCUUCCAGACCCAGACAUUUUUACAUUUGAUAAGGGACUCCCCGCGGUCCGACGAGCGUAGCAGCCACUCACCGAGCAAGCAGAACCCAACGCUGUUGGACCAGGUUCCAGAAACGCGAACAACGACCACUCAGGGGGACGACAUGGGGGAGGUACAGGCAAGAUUUUGCAGUUGCAGCAUAGAUUUUUUGCUGUAAGAUUUUCUUUGUGACGACGGACUUAGUAUUGUAGUUUAUUCUCCUUGACGCCCUCACAGUGUCUUUCUUGGCUAAAGCUGCAGCUAUCGAGUGUACAAAUUUGCAGGACUUUGGGGUUUCUACUAAAAUCUUGAGGUAUCCAGCACGCCGACGUAUCACGCCAGGAGCACGUACCGCACGGAAGCUCCGAAAGCAAAGAAGACGGGUUUCUUCGCGCGGCUUCUUGGUGGGUCCAUCAGGCCACGACAAACCGUGUCACCUCAGUUGUCCGAUGGCCUGGAUCCGGGCGGGGUAGGAGAAGGGCGCUCCACCCGGAAGUCGUUACUCACUUGCAAUAUUGGGUCGCAAAAGGACGACGCGUUCUUCAGCGAUAGCGCAUACGACGAAUUUUCUUGUCUAGAGGAAGACACGCAAGUAGUCGGCAGCAAGGUGCACGACAAACAUUCGAUGCUCAAGCGCAGGGAACAGUUCGUGAAGAUAGGUCAGAUGUAGUUUUUUUCUGUAGCUCAAGACAUCUGGCAGAAACUGAGAAUUUGUUCAACAGAAAAGUAAACGGGUUUGAGCAUCUGUGUCGAUUUUACUUUUCUUGCAGCCUGGAAUAUAUAGAGACCACAUUAAGCCCCCCACGCACUAUCAGGCAUCACCCCGUACCAAAUCUACGGGAUCGACCCCACUCAGGAGGUGUUUGCCGCGAGCUUUAAGGUGGUCUGCGAGUCGAAAGUGCCCUACGAGGAUUGGGUGGCCAAGGUGGAGAACAACCCGAAUUUGGAGCUUCCCGCGCAAGAGUGUCUGUUUACCAUGCCCCGAUUUUUGCACAAGAAUAGCGUUGAUCUGGCGAUCUUUUCGUCGGACUGGUACGCGAAAUGCUGCCGGAAGGAGGUGGUGGUCACGAAGAACCAAAUGAUGACGUCCACCUGCAGAAACGACUACGACUUGAGCGAUUUCCCCUUCGACAUGCAGGAGCUUCAGAUUGUAUAGAUGAGUCGUUUUCAUCUUGAUGCGUUUGUUCCGAUUUACUUCUAACGUCAGGUUUAGUAUUAAAAUUUGUCAAAAUGUUGCUGCCUGUCUUUUUUCUAAAAGUAGCCUGACAUUCACAUUGUGACGUAAUUUUGAUCGAUACCCUACAGCACAGUAUCCAUCUGUUCUUUCUAUCCAGGUUCUCUUCAUUAUUCCCGAAGUGAACGCGGUGUUUCAGCUGCAGGUCGACGAAGUGCUGAUGAAGCCGCAUUUGGCGCAGUAUUAACUGCAAAAAUGUCUGGGUCUGGAAAAGUGUAAACUUGUCAUGCAGAUUUUCCAUUACCCAUGAGGUCUGGAAUGCGGGACUUAGCAUGACAGACUCUGCGAGGUCUGUGCCAUGCCUAUCCUGCAUGAGAAACUCCCUUCCAACUUGGUCAAAAGUGUACAGCUUUUGGCACUCAUGCAACGCAGAUUUUUGCAUGCUUCAGAUUUACCAUGACAGACUGCAAGCUUCGAGACCCAGACAUUUUUGCAUUUGAUACGGAGUCGUUCGAGACGAACUUCAAGACCCCGGACUGGGAAAUUGUGCCCGGAUCGUUCACGGUCCUCGUGGAUUCUCCCCCCGCCGGGCAGCGAGUGGUGAUCUCGUUGCAGGUGAAGCGGAUUUGGCAGAGCUACAUCUGGAAUUUCUACCUGGUGUUCUUCCUCAUCACCACUUCUGGCUACUCCUCCUACAUCUGGAACGGACACCGGGGAGUCAGUGACAGCAUGCUGCUGUCCGGGGAGAUUAACGUGGAGAAUCCGCACGACGCGAUCAUGAUCAGCCUGCUCGCGUUGCUGACCAACAUCUCGUUUAAGACGUACGUGGCUUCUGUCGCACCCAAAGUGGGUUACAUGACCAAUCUGGACGUGUACAUUUUCGGCUGCCUCAUCGUGUCCACGUUGCAGGUCGGGACGCACGUGUUGAUCGUGAUCGGAGACGUGUCGCAGUUUACGAAGAACAUGUAUGUCCUGGGCGGGAUGGCAGCCUUGUGGAUUCUGUUCCAUCUCUGGUACAUCUUCCUCGUGCGGCAGUCGAGGCGGAAAGAAAUCACCACGGACAACUACGAACCGCGCGUCACCAUGGUGGAGAAGCAAAUGACGCACAACAGAUCGGUCGAGAGUAACGCAAACGAGGGUGCGUCGAAAAAUCCGCCCGCAGCUGCUGCGAAUAAGGGUCAACCUCUUGGAGAAUACAUCACACAGGACGGAACGACAACAAUUUACAAGCAGGGAAGAGUGAAAAAGUAGAGGUGAGUGGUUCAUCGCGGGUUUUUUUUUCUGGUUAGUAACCAAAGUAAGUUCUUGGUUGAAAGAUUUAGAGUAUCGGAUUUUUUGCGAGUUAUGUUUUAUGAUGAAAUAGAUUACCGAAACUGUUGCAAAAACAGUUACAAGUGCAAGAUGAAUGGUUCAAGGACAAGUGAAAAAUAUCACCAGCGUUGGAGUGACACACAGGUUUCUUCGAAAUUUUUGUGAAGUGGAUAGGGGCUCAAUUACGCGAAUCAUAAAAAGUAAGUUGCUUCCUCUUAGGACCGUCGACUUUUUGCCAGACCGUACCGUUCUGGGGUGCUCGGUGCGAGAGCGAGACAGAGCACAAAAGAAUUAUGUAUGCACGAGCUGUGCGGUCUGUCUC